AUGGACCAGGUGGAGGAGAAGGCCGAGAAAACAGAUUUCCAACCUGCACAGAAGAGCUCAGUGACACUGACGGGCAAUCGGCCGCGUCCAGAGAAGCAGGCGGCAUCCGGGGAGAGCGGGCCGGUCGGGGGGGGGCCCCAGGCGGGCUUCCUGGAACCCCGGCUCCACGGCCGCCUGCACCCGGACACAGGCCAGAUAAGAGGCCGGCUGCACUAUCAGAGCCCGGCAGCGCGCUGUCCCCCAGCCCUCGGCACCGCAAGGAAGGCCGGGGGACAGUGGGCUCCUUGUGAGCAACCUCUCGAGUGGCUAGUCUGGACGGGCUUCCCGGAGUCCCAGCUCGACUCCUGCCGCGGAUGGGAGCCGCCGCUCACCUCAGCGACCGAAAAAGCCAGGCUGCCUGGAGGAGGAGGUGUGCUCCGGCCUGAACGCCGGUACCUGCUCGCUGUUCAUGGAAGACAUUGCUAAUCGACCACAACACCGUUUCCUAGUGAGCCCGAAUACGGCCUCAGAAUCCAUCUCAACACUACACUGGAAG